GUGAACAAGCUGACGUCAGUCAAGACGCAGCUGCCCUACCGGUACUACACCUUGCCGUACUGCCAGCCAGCCGUGAUUCAGGAGAGCGUGGAGAACCUUGGCGAGAUCCUGGAAGGCGACAGCAUCGAGAACAGUGCCUACGAGAUCCGGAUGCUGGAGAACGUGAGCUGCAGGAAGCUGUGCACCCAGAAACUCCCGACCGAGGAGAAGGCAAAGUUCCGCAGCAUGAUCGACGACGACUACCUGGUGAACUGGCUGGUCGACAACCUGCCCGCGGCCACGCGCUACGUCCGGCGGGGCAAGGACGGCGGGAAGAGCACCUACAUGAACGGGUUCCCCGUCGGCAUCGUCAGGAACACGAGGUACUACAUCCACAACCACGUCAAGCUGGAUCUGAAGUACCACGAGAGCCCGCACGA